AUGUCGAGAUCUGGAUUGGGCUAUGAGUGUGAGUUACCUCCUGGAUUCGACAAAGCUUAUGAAUCACCACCACAACCAAACCUAUUGGGUUCACAAAGUACCUUUACUCACCAUCAUUUCGCUCUUCCUCCUGAACAUCUAAAUUAUCCACAUGGAAUUAUUAGCCACUGUGAUGCGCCAAUUUCUCCAACGACUACUUUGCCUUCCACCUCAACGAACACCCAGAAGAAGCGUAGAGGUCGGCCUUACAGUUCUCGCAACCAAAAGCCCCGUAUGAAUAUCGUUUAUGGAAUGAAUAUGUCUUCACUUAAGUCUCACAUGAUCAUUGUGAAUACAGAAGAGAAUGUGUUGGAGAAGAUUACAGCAUUUAUCUAUAGUCUCUCAAAAAAUGUAACCAUUAUCUCAUCAAAUGGGACAAUUUCUAAAGUAAGAUUUUCUCAAUCACCAUCAUCUGCUGAAACCGUGACUUAUGAGGGACGAUUUGAGAUCCUAUCAUUGAAAGGUUCUGUGUUUGUUGGCACAAAUAAAAGUGAACAGGAAAUAGUUGCUGCAAUAAAGGGGUCAUUUGUUUCAUUAUCAAAUGGUCGUGUAUUUGGUGGUAAAAUUGAUGGUGUUCUGAUUGCUGCUACUCCUGUUCAGAUAAUACUAGGGAGUUUUUUUCCGGAGGGUCGAGAAGUAGUAUUGUCCGGCCCAAAUGAUCCUCCAACAGAAGGCCCAAGCAACCCUCCAUCUGUGGUUCAUCCAUCGACAGGAAUAUUGAUAUCCUAG